GCUGUCUAUGGUUGACUCUGGUGCUCGAGCUGGAAGGACGGUGUCCGUUUCUCCGGAUAAACAAACAGAGAAGUCAUUAAUAAGUCUAUCAAAGGUUCAGAAGAGACAGCUCACAAUGAAGACCGGUCUUGUUCUGCUCCUCCUGGGACUCAUACAUGACGCCGCAGCAGUGACUCACUCUCUGAAGUAUUUCUACACUGCGUCUUCUGGAGUCCCAAACUUCCCAGAGUAUGUGAUUGUUGGAUUGGUUGAUGACGUUGAGAUGUUUCACUAUGACAGCAACACCAAGAGAGCAGAACCCAAACAGGACUGGAUGAACAGAGUCACAGAAGAUGAUCCUCAGUACUGGCAGAGGAACACUGGGAACGCUCUGGGUACCCAGCAGGCCUUCAAAGUCAGUAUUGAAAAUAAUAAGCAGUACUUCAACCAAACUGGAGGUGCUCACAUUUUCCAGUACAUGUACGGCUGUGAAUGGGAUGAUGAGACUGGAGAGGUUAAUGGAUUCGCUCAGUAUGGUUAUGAUAGAGAAGACUUCAUAUCAUUUGACCUGAAGACAGAGACAUGGAUCGCUCCAAAACACCAGGCUGUCAUCACCAAACACAAGUGGGACAAUGACAAAGCUUGGCUAGCUCAGAAAAAACUCUACCACACCCAGGAGUGUCCUGAGUGGGUGAAGAAGUAUGUGGACUAUGGGAGGAGCUCUCUGCUGAGAACAGAUCUUCCCUCAGUGUCUCUCCUCCAGAAGUCUCCCUCCUCUCCAGUCAGCUGCCACGCUACAGGUUUCUACCCUGACAGAGCCAUGAUGUUCUGGAGGAAAGAUGGAGAGGAGCUUCAUGAGGACGUGGACCUCGGAGAGAUCCUCCCCAACCACGAUGGAUCCUUCCAGAUGAGUGUUGACCUGGACCUUUCAUCAGUCCCAGCUGAAGACUGGAGGAGGUACGACUGUGUGUUUCAUCUCUCUGGUGUGGAGGACGACAUCGUCACCAAACUGGACAAAGCAGAGAUCAGGACCAACAGAGAGAAACCCGUUGACAUGAUCAUCCCCAUAGUCGCUGCAGGGGUUGUUCUGGCUCUCGUCCUCAUAGCUGUGAUCGGAGUCGUCAUUUAUAAAAAGGUGCAAAACGCCCCUUAUCGCAUAUGAACAACCCUGACGUCUUGGAGACACUGAAUCCAGAGCCUAACUCCUAAACCCAUCACCCUGCACACAGUGAGUAGUUUCUUACGGGACAUGAACUAUUAUCAGCUGUUGUUAAACAGAGCUGCCUUAAACUCUGUGAAACCUUCUGGGAUUGGUUCUUUAUCCACUGGAAAACCUCUGGGACACUUUGGAGCUGUAAAGAACAUCUCUGACUUUCUGUUGAUUCUCCACAACAAAGGUCAAACUGUUUAAUAAGAAGUGAAGUGAGAUUAUUAAGAGAAAGGCACAGAUGCAUUCAUAAACAUUC